AUGAUAAGGCACUGACAGAGACAGUCUCUGUAUAUAUAGUCCCAUCUUCAUCUGGUUGGUUACAGUUACAGUUUGUAGUCUGAACUGAACAACAUGAACUCCUCAGUCCUGGUUAUUUCAGCUCUAGUGGUACUUCUGGCAAGGUCCUCGCUACAGGAGGCCCAGCCAGAAGGAGCCAGGGAGGCGAGAGGUUACCAAGGAGGUGGAGGCAGAGGCCAAGGAGGGUUUGGAGGAGGCCAAGGAGGCAACUCCAGGUAUGGUUUCAACAUAGUGGAUGCUCAGGACAGAUACGGGUAUGAGGCCAACUACCCUGGUGGCCGUGCCAGCUUCUUCCUCUUGGGACCAAACAGAGCUCCUGGCGCCCAGAGAGGAGGAUCUCAAGGAUCUCAAGGAGGUUACCAGCAAGGUGGUAGCAGCAGGGGUGGCUGGUAAAUUGCUGAUUACUCAUUUGAAAGUUGACAAGUACCUUCAAUCUACCACUUCCCACAAGCACAACUGGCACUCAACAUCUUUUAAUUCUGUGGGUUACAAGCACUUUCCACGCAUAUUACUCAGUUUUAUUAAACGGAUUAGUGUAAUAUUGUAAUUAUUUAAAAUCAUGAAAAACAUAUCUGUGAUCAAUAAAUUGUCCAAUUAAAAAUAAAA